AUAAAAUAUGUAAGGAUUAAACAACCAAGGCUAUAAUCCAGGAGUGAGACCAAAAACAUUAAUUUGUUAUAUUUGUGGAAGAGAGUAAUAACAUUAGUUAAUAAAUUAGAUAUGGUACCAAAAGCUUAGAAAUUCAUCUUAAAACAUGCUAAGAGAAAUUUUUAAUGGAAGAAGCAAAAGUACAAAUAUGGAUAAUAUUUUUUCAUUAGAAACCAAAAAAUUAGAGAAGACCUUUGCCUUAACCUCCAAAAGCUAUAGGUGGAAGUGGGAAUUAUGAUACUGAAUCAUAUAACGAAUAAGCAUUUAAUGCUUAUAAAGAAUAAAGUCUUGAGAAAUGUGCAUAUUGUGGAAGAACGUAAAAGAAUCAAAUUAUGCCUAUAGUUUUAAUAGAGAAAGUUAUCCAAUCCAUUUAAAGGUGUGUAAGCCUGAUAAACCAUUCAAACCUCUUCCUGGAUUUGUUUAAAACCCUAAAGAAGUCCAGUAAUAAAUUAAUCGAGAUAAUGGAGGAUCUUAAUAAGGAAAAUCAAAUUCUACUGGUUAUUCAGGAGAAUAUAAAGCUCCUGUUAGACCAAAGACUUUGGUAUGCUAUAUCUGUGGUAGAGAAUAUGGUACAAAAUCUUUGGGAAUUCAUAUUCCAUAAUGCAAAGAAAUGUUUAUAGUAUAAGAAAUGAAGAAACCAAAAGCUGAAAGAAGGAAUCCACCAACAACUCCAAGAGGUCUUUGGGAUUUAUUAAAUAAAGAAGACAUAACUAUGGAAGAUAUUAUUGCUUAUAAUAAUGGAGUAUAAAUAUCACACUAUUAUAUUAAGGCAUUUAAUAAAUACAACAAAGAAGCAUUAGUUGCAUGUAAGAAUUGUGGAAGAACAUUUAAACCAGAAGCCCUAGAGCAUCAUAUAAAGGCUUGCACCGCAGAUAAUCCUUUUAAAGCUCUUGAUGCUAUCGAGGAGGGAGGAACAGUUGAAUUAGUACCUUGUAAAAAAUGUGGAAGGAAAUUCUUACCAUCAAGAGUUGAAAAACAUGAAACAAAUUGUAAAGAUAUUAAAGGAGCAUCAUAAACUUAGGCUAAUGGAUUUUUAAAAUAGGAAUAAAAAUAGGAAUAAAAAUAGUAAUAAAAAUAAAAUCAAAACUUUGAAACCCCAUAAUAGAAUAAUAAAUAAUAAACAAGAUAAAUUUAGCAAUAAUAAAGCUUUUCAAAAACAUCUGUUAAUUUUAAUGAUAAAAGUUUGAAAUGUAUAACUGUUUUUUCAUUUUUUAGGUUAUAAAUGUUUUUAAGAUUGCAAUAAUGUGUAAGAUUUAAAAUAGCAUGUGUAAAAUUGUAAAAAUUAAGGUUUGAAACCAUAAAUCUAUGAUGAUUUGAUCUAAAUAUCUAAUCCAUCCUAAGCCUUAUAAACUAUAUAUAUGAGCUCAGUUUUUGAAAAUUAUCAAAAAAAUGAAAACAAUAAUAAAAAUGUUCCAGAAUAAACCAAAUCAAUAUAAAAAUAAUAAUCUUAAGUAUAACAAUAAUAAUAAUCUAUUUAAAAUUAAUAAAACCAUUAUUCUGAUGAUGAGGAUUAAUAAGAUUAGGAAGAUGAAAAUAAUUUAAUUACAUGUGAAAAAUGUGAUAGGAGAUUUGCAGAAGAUAGGAUCAAAAAGCAUUAGAAAGUAUGUAAAGGCAAGAAAUUUUUUGAAAAAAAAGAACAUAAAGUAGAAGUUCAAAAAGCUCCAUAAACUGGAUGGAGAAAAUAUCAUGAAGAAUUCAUUAAUACUGUAAAAUAUAACAGAUAAUUGAAAAAAAUAUAAGAGGAAGGAGGUGAUAUUAAAUAAUUAGGACCUCCUCCUGUAUCUUCUAAUAGUAAUUAUAUUCAGUGUCCUUACUGUUAGAGAAAAUUUGAUCCAAGCAAAGCUGAUAAACAUAUAGCAAUAUGUUAAAAUGUAGUUAAUAAACCAAAAACAAUUCAAGAGAAGAAAUAAAAUUUAUAACAACCUCCAUUUUAACAAUAAUAAUAUUAAUAGAAUUAAGUAAACUAAUAGAAAGUAUAAUAAACAAAUUAAUAAUAACAAAAUGCAUCUAAUCCAAAAUAUGGAAGAGUAUUUUAAUUAAAUGAUGAAACUCCCUAACCAAAAGCAUAAUUUUAACAAGUAAAUUCUUAACAAUAAAAACCUUAACAAUCCAGAUAAUCGAUUUCUACAUAAAAAACUCCAUAACCUCCUUCAAAAUCAUCUAAUCAAUAAUAAUAAUUAUUAUCCCCACCCUAACCUUCAAAUUAAUUUAGAAUAAGAUCACCAUAAACAACCUAAAAGACUUAAUAAGUUAAGUAAUAUCAAAAUUCAACUAAAAUUGAUACCAAUAUUUUCAGACCUCCAACUUCCGGAAGAACUUAAGAUUUAUUAAAACCUAAUUCUUAAUUAUAAUUAAAACCAUUAACCUAAAAUUAGAAUGCAUUUAGAAAAUUUUGA